CUCUCACGUGAGCAGUAGUGUGUCCCGUACAGCAUUGUGAUAUAAAGGAGAGGAGUGCGGGCAGCUGCAAGGCACAAGCACUGCAUUCUGUGGAGGUGAGGCAAGGAGCUGAACAAGCCACACACGAGGAGCAGCCGCUGCGUUCUCGAUGGCUGGUGCUGGCGUUCCCGUUUCCGUUCCCGUUCCCAAUCCCGCCCAGUGCUACCCUCCAAGUCUGCCUGAGCUUGACGCAAGGGCUCGGCUUACCGAAGGGACUGGUCCAGUAGACGGAGUAGCAGUGGACUGGGUUUGCACCAACACCGCCGAGCAUGCCGGUGGAUGCAAUGUGACAAACCCCCCUAUCGACAACUUCCUGUUGAAGUUGCCGGCUUUGUAUUGCUCCGGAUGCGGCAAGCUGAACCCAACAGGCUAUCGGUGGAAAAUGACGCACUGCAGGCUGGGAACAGUCUCGCUUCAUCUGCUGAUUCGUGAUCAAGGCCCGCACAAUACGUGCGUGGCCCACGCGAUUGUCACCGGCAUGGAUCUCAUGACCAAAAUCUAUAAAGCAUAUCGGUUUGAUUUUUUCUAUGGCCGUCCCUUGAGUCUUCAAGAUCUUUUCAAGACUUUUAAUGUUCUCUACAACGUGUCCUUCGGGUACGAGGACAACUUUGACAUGGAGUUAGGUAGAUCGUAUUUCAUCAUUGACAUCGCACAGCGUUUUGGUGUGAGGCUAAGUGCCCCGUCCCUCAGUACCGAGUGCCAGUGGAACCAAGUACCAGAGGACAGGCUGAAGAUGGGCUCUUUUUUUCAUGUACCUGCACAUGACACAGGGCUAAUCGUCAGACUGAUAGCCGGUGGAUUCCCUCUGAUCUGUGGCAUGCGCUGUGGAAGGACAUUCAGAUUCACGACUGAAGGCGAGAUCUACGAUGGGGGCGAAGUUGGUACCAGUCAUUGUGUCCUACUGAUAGGAUCGGGAGUAUUGAAUUAUCCUGGCAACCCAGCCAGGACCAAGACCAAUAAGUACUCACGGAAGACCUGGCCUUUGAACCCUAAUGGUAAACCGGGACCCCGUGUUUGCUUGGGAGCAAGGGGUUCGUGGGGGGACCAAGCUCAUGGAAGUUCCUCUCAAGAAGGUGGAGGCGGAGAUUUUUAUAUCUGGGCUGACCAGAUCGAUAGAGUGAUGGGGUUCCACAUGGAAGGCAUGUACUAGACCUUGUUUAAUCUAUUUGGGUUUGUACCCAUGCAUCGAACUUGUAUUACCAUUUGUAUCGAACAUGUAUUCUAUCGUUGUAUCCAUUUAAGUCUAGCAAAUCAAUGUCCUUAA